AUGGUCAAAAUAUAUGUUCCCAUUACUACUAAUUGCCAGAAUAAUCCUGCUACCCCUCCUGGGGAACUUGAAACCUUUAGUUUAAACACAACUACGACGACCUCGACUAUAAAUGAGGAAGGAGAAAUUGUGUUAAUAGAAUUACAAGGGGAACUAAUGAAUUUUGAAGAGAAUAUUAAAAAGAAGAAUGAGAAAUUUAUUGUAGGAGAGUUGAAAUUCGAGGGAGAAAACUUUGAUACUCCAAUUCUGUAUUUUGGCGCAUAUCGUUGUGAAGGUCGUUUAGUAAAGCUAGAAAAGCCUUGGCUAUUAUUAGCUGAACGAUUGUCAUCAGUCAAUACAACCACUGCACCAUCACAGGAAACUAAUAUCGCCAACACUCAAUUAAUAUCUAAAGUAAUUAUACGAAAAAAAUAUUUAUUCAAGACAAGACCAAGUAUGAUUUGA